AUGCCCAUCAUCAACACUUCCGAAAUUGAAAUUUCUAUUUUCUACUUGGUUGGGAUUCCAGGUAUGGAACCUACCAACAUUUGGUUCUCUAUCCCCAUAUGUUUCAUGUACCUUGUUGCUAUCCUGGGAAAUUGUGCUAUCCUAUUCUUUGUAAAAACAGAGCCUUCUUUGCAUGAACCUAUGUAUUAUUUUCUCUCCAUACUAUCCCUUUCUGACCUGGGACUAUCACUCUCCUCUCUCCCUACCAUGCUAAGGGUUUUCUUGUUCAGCACUCCUGGAAUUUCUCUUGAUGCCUGUAUUGCCCAAGAAUUCUUUAUUCAUGGAUUCUCAGCUAUGGAGUCAUCUGUACAUCUCAUAAUGUCCUUUGAUCGCUUUAUUGCCAUCUACUACCCUCUAAGAUAUACUUCUAUCCUUACCAGUGCCAGAGUCAUUCAAAUUGGGCUUCUUUUUACUCUCAAGAAUGUUCUGUUGAUCCUCCCUUUCCCUUUCACUCUAAAACAUCUAAGAUACUGUAAGAAGAACCUCCUGUCCCAUUCCUACUGCCUCCAUCAGGAUGUCAUGAAGCUGGCCUGCUCUGACAACAAGGUCAAUGUCAUCUAUGGCUUAUUUGUGGCUCUCACAGGCAUUCUAGACUUGACAUUUAUUUUUGUGUCCUAUGUGCUAAUACUGAAAGCUGUGUUGAGCAUAGCAUCACAAAAGGAAAGGCUCAAGGUCCUCAAUACAUGUGUUUCCCACAUCUGUGCUGUGCUUAUCUUCUACAUGCCUAUUAUUUCCUUAGCUGUCAUCUACCGGUUUGCCAAACACACUUCUCCACUCAUUAGGAUCCUCAUGGCUGAUGUUUUUCUGCUGAUACCUCCAUUGAUGAACCCCAUUGUAUACUGCAUGAAAACCCAACAGAUAAGAAAUCUGAUCCUAGGAAAACUGUGCCAGAAGCAAAGCUGA